GAUAUGAAACCCAACAAUUUACUUGUGGGUAGAGAUGGGCAAUUAAAACUAGCAGACUUUGGUUUAGCGCGUGAUUAUGCAGAACCACGCGUCAGAAAUAUGUCACCACAAGUAGUUACUAGAUGGUAUCGAGCACCGGAACUAUUUUUUACGCCAGCACAAUAUGGAUAUGCAAUUGAUAUUUGGUCAGUAGGAUGCAUAUUUGCAGAAUUAAUGUUACGGACGCCAUAUCUUCCGGGAGAUACUGAUCUUGGUCAACUUGAACUGAUAUUUCAGGCACUAGGAACGCCCACAGAGGAGGAUUGGCCUGGAUUUACAGAACUUUCAAAGUCAGUCCAAUUUCAAAAGUAUAUUAGGACACCAUUAAAAUCACUUUUUACUGCAGCGAAAAAUGAUGCAAUAGAUUUAUUGGAAAAGAUGUUAACAUACGAUCCGAAUAAAAGGAUUACAGCAUGCGAU